AUCCAGUUCAACACAUCGAUCGAUCCUCCGAUCAUCUCGAAAUCCAAGUAAAAUAUUAGCACACAUCUAGUUAACAUGUCUCUUAUCCUUGCUCCACCAUCAUACAUCCCUUUCCGUGCUCUCCAGCGAUCCACCGCCUCCAGGCAGCCAUGUCUCCGACUCGUCCAGUGCACCGCCGACCAGCUAUCGCUGGAGGCGGCCAGAAGAUCGGCCCAUUACCAGCCCAACAUGUGGAGCAAUGACUACAUACAGUCACUCACUGUUGAAUCUCCGUUGAAGGUGGAGGAGAAGGACCAGACAAAGAGACUGAUGUUGCUGAAAGAGAGAAUCGCAGAAGUGAUAUGCGAGAAGAAGGAAGUGGAAGAGCAGCUCCGGCUGAUCGACCACCUGCAGCAGCUCGGAGUAGCUUAUCAUUUCAAAGACGACAUUAAAGACUCUUUGAGAAAUCUUCACUCGUCUUUAGAAGAGAUAAGCUCGACAUUUAAGGAUGACCUUCACGCCUCCGCAUUGCUCUUCAGGCUUCUCAGGGAAAAUGGCUUCUCCAUUUCGGAAGACAUUUUCGAGGAAUUCAGAGAUGAGAAAGGCCACUUUAGAGACGGUCUUAAGAACCACACGGAAGGAAUGCUGAGUCUGUAUGAGGCUUCUUAUUAUGAAAAAGAUGGAGAGAUGGUUCUGCAAGAAGCCAUGGAGUUAACGACUGAACACCUCAAAAAUCUCUUAGAAGGAGGCUCUGAUAUGAAGCUCAAACAGAGAACGGCACAUGCUCUGGAACUUCCAUUGAAUUGGAGGAUGGAGAGACUGCACGCCAGGUGGUUCAUUGAAGCAUGCCAAAGAGAGGUCAUGGUCAUCACCAACCCUCUUCUUCUUGAAUUUGCUAAGCUGGACUUCAACUCGGUCCAGAGCAUCUACAAGAAAGAACUCAGUGCUCUCUCCAGAUGGUGGACAAAUCUGGGAGUCGUUGAGAAAUUACCAUUCGCCAGAGACAGAUUGACUGAGAACUACUUAUGGGCAGUGGGCAUGGCAUUUGAACCAGAGCAUAGGAGCUUUAGAGAGGCACAAACAAAAGGAAACUGCUUUGUGACAAUGAUCGAUGAUGUCUACGACGUCUAUGGUACCCUGGAUGAGCUUGAGCUCUUCACUCGUGUCGUCGAUAGAUGGGAUAUCAACGCGAUCGAGCAACUGCCAGACUACAUGAAGAUAUUAUUCCUCGCGCUUUUCAACACGAUAAACGACGAUGGCUAUAAGGUGAUGAAGGAGAAGGGACUGAACGUAAUACCUUACCUCAAGAGAUCAUGGGCAGAUCUGUGCAAAGCAUAUCUAGUGGAGGCAAAAUCGUAUCAUCGAGGUUAUACACCCACGAUUGAUGAAUACUUGGACAACACAUGGAUUUCCAUUUCAGGCCCUGCCGCCUUCACGAAUGCUUACUGCAUGGCCAACAACUUAACCAAGCAAGGCUUGGACCGUUUCUCAGAGUACCCUGCCAUUGCAAAGCCCUCUUCCUUGCUCGGUCGACUUUAUAACGAUUUGGCUACUUCAACGGCUGAAAUUGAGCGAGGAGAUGUUCCAAAAUCCAUUCAGUGUUGCAUGCACGAGAGAGGUGUUUCAGAGGGAGUGGCUCGUGAGCAGGUGAAGGAGCUAAUACGAGGUAACUGGAGGAGUAUGAAUGGAGAUCGGGCUGCUGCUUCUUCGUUCGAGGAGAUGUUGAAGACAGUGGCAAUGGGCAUAGCUCGAGCUUCACAAUUCUUCUACCAGAAUGGAGAUGGAUAUGGUAAAGCUGAUGGAGAAACCAUGAAUCAAGUAAUGUCUCUGUUGAUCAACCCCAUCAUUCUAUGACUGACUAAGGCAGUAAGAAAGAAUUUGUCAAAUCCGCCAUUGUAACACUGGUUAUUGAAAAUUUUAUUCUAAACUGUUGUAACUACAUUUACUUUGGUUCUGAUACUCCAAUGUGGAAGCACAAAUGUCUAGUCGUAUUUUACAUGAAUAUGCAUGCCUUUAAUCAUGUGCUUCUCUUUGAAAUCAAACUUAAAUGAAAUUUGCAAUUAUUAUCAA